AUGAAUCAAUAUAGUCUGCAAUCAACUAUAUCAAAUCCAUUGGAUUUAAUAAAUGAUUUAUUAUCAUUUGAAAAUGAUGAAAACAAUAAUUUAAUUCAAAUCUUAGGGAUAAUAAGACCAUCAAAAUCUUCCCAAACUUCAAUUACUUCAUUAGUUAGAGGUUUAUUUACAAAGAAUAAAAAUUUAUUAAAAGUUUUAAAUGGGAAUUUGAAAUUAUUUGAUGAUUCAACUAAUGGUAAUGAUGAUAAACAAGUAUUUAAGAGUUUCGUUAAUGAUUUCAUUUUAUGGAUUAAUGAUGAUAUUUUAUUAUUAUUUGAAAAAUAUAGUCAAUGUUUACAAUCAUCAGAAUUUGUUGAUCACGAUUCAACUUACUUCAAUAAACCAAUCUUACACCUUUUGAAUUAUAUUUCUUUCAUUGAAAGUUCAGUUAAAUUGAUAAGAAAUCCUUAUGUCUUAGAACAAUUGAAUAAAUUUUCAUCGGAUUGUAAACAAAUAGUUGAUAGUUAUACUAAUUAUAUGGAAAAUUCAAUUUUAAAUAACAUCAACUUCAAUAAUGUGCAAAUAUUUGGUGACUUACAUAAUAAUAAUGUUUGUAGUUAUUUCAAAUUAACUCAAAUAGUCGAAAGAACUAGAAGUUCUAGUUUAGUGAUUAAAAACUUAAAAUCUAAACCUGAAGUGGAAUUAUUAUUAUUAGAUUUGAAUAAUUCUAUUUCAACUUCCCAACAAUUCAAUGCUUUGGCUUUAAUUGCUAUUUCAGGUAAUUCAAGAUACUUGAUGUUCCCACCUUUCAGAAUCAAUGAAGUUUCAUUAUCUUAUAGUAAAACCAAUUGUCAAAUAAUCUUAAAAUCAAUUAAUUUUACUAAAUCUUCCAAUCUUGUUAAUGAAAAAAUUGUCAUUUCAUGUCCUGAUGAUGAUUUCUUAGCUAAUUGGAUCAAAAAAUUGUCAUUAAUCUUCCCAUUAGAUGAUCCAGAAUCUCCAUUAAAUUCAAACUUUUUGAUUAAAUUAAGUGAAAGUGAUAACAAUUUGAAAAUGUCUGGUUUAGGUAUUGAUAUGUCAUCUGAAGAUAUUCAAAUGGAAGAAUCUGAAACCAAAUCACCUGAAAAACCAGCAUUCAAAGAACUUAUUAAUUCUCCAACUUUGAAACCAAAUGAAUGGGUUGCACCAUCAAUUUCAACUCCAGAUUCUGAUUCAUCUAAUGAUCUUUCAUCCUUUGAAUUAGUUAAACCUCAAACUAAAGUUAUUGCAUCUCAUAAUUCAUCACCUGCAUCUUCAGCAGGUUCAGUUUCUUCCGUUAGAGAUCCAAUAAUUGAAAUUAAUAACUUUUCUUCACAACAUGACAUUCAUGUUCAAAAUAUUCGUUCAGGUGUUAUUUCUGAAAGUCAACAAAUUCAUGAUAGACCUGUUUCAUCAUCAGCUGAAAUUGAAACUGAUUCAGUUAUUGAAGAUAAAGAAAAUUUCCAACCUUCAACUCCACUUUCUCAUCAUGGUAAUCAUUCAGUUCCUGAAUUAUCAUCAAAAUCAAAAGUUUUUCAAUUGUCGACUGGUUCAGCAAUUGAUAUUUCAAACUUUGGUAAAAGUCAUAAUCCUUCAUUCAGUGUUCAUCGUGGAUUAAAUGAAAUGAUUCAACAAAAUGAAAGACCUAAAUCAAAAUUUUUUGGAAUGUUUAAAAAACCAAAUAAAACUCCAAAAAUUCAACAAGCUGAUAUUUUACCUGAUCCAACUUUCAAACCAACUAAUCCUAAAAAUUUAAGAAUCAAUACUGAUGCUGGCAUUGAGUCUGAUUCUGACACAAUUCCUUUAUCUGCUUCAUCAGUCACUUCUGGUAUGUCUACUAUUUCUCAAGAUAUCAGUAAUUAUAACCGUAGUGCUACAUCAUUAACUCAACAUAAGAAUGCUUCAGGUAGUGCUUUUGCCUUACCAUCUUCAACAUCAACUUAUUUCUUCAAACCUUAUAAAAACACUGCUAAUAACGAAUCAGCUAGUAGUUUACAUGAAGAAUUGGAUUUGGUUAUUCCUCAAGAAUUAAAAGAUGUUAUCAAUGAUGAUUCAACCAUUGAUUUUUAUUUAUCUCCUACUUCACCAAAAUCAAUGAAAGUUUCAAAAUGGAAACCAAAAUAUGGUAAAUGGGAAAUGUUAACUGUUAAUGAAACUGUUUUCUUAAAAUUAGUGGUUAAUUAUGAUUUAGGUAAAAGUUGGAUGUUAGUAUUCAAAGAAGAAUUUGAUGAUAAAUAUAAUGAAGUUAUUGAUAAACCAAUUUUAUUAUUGGAUAUUAGUCAAGAUACUGAUAUUACUCAAAGUUCAGCUUUAGAUGUUCAAAUUUCUUCUAAAAAUUGUAUCACCAAUCAAAGUAUGCUUGUUAUGAUUAGAUGUUUCUCCAAUGAAUUAACUCAAACUAUCGUAUCUCAUGUCAAGAAUGUCAAAGGAGCUAUAAGUCCAAAGAAAUUACUGCAUAAAUCUUCAUCUAAUUCAAUUGGCAAUUCAAGACAAACAAUUGCCUCAUCAAUCAUGGAUGGAGGUAUUACUAGCAAAUCUUCAACUAUGAGCAGUGUUGCUUCAAGUUUAAAAAAUCCAACUGUUGAAAAUAAGAAACAACAACCAUAUGUUUCACAAUUAACGAGAGAUUUUUCAAUGGUUUCCAUUAGUUCGGACGAUAUAAAUAAUGCUACUAUCUUGAAUAAUCCUGAUAAUACUAAAUUGUUGUUAUUGAACCAAAUGACAGUGAGAUUACAAAAGAAAAUCGAUAACGGUGAAAGUUUCACUAGUCCAUCAUCAUGGAAAAUCUUAUCCAUGUAUUCUUUAAGUGUUCAUAUUAUUUCAGAUACUUUCAGUGGUAAUAAUUAUUAUAGUUUCACUUUGGUUAACAAUGAAACUAACGAACAAGAUUAUGGAUGGUUAAUUUGUGAAGAUGAGAAAUUAGAUAGGAUCGAAAGAAUUGGUAAAGCUGGUUUGUUAAUCAAUGCUACAGAUGAUGAUUUAUUUAUGAUAGAAUGUAAAGGUAAAAGGGAAUUCAAAGAACUUUAUGAAGUAUUUUAA